UUUAUUGUUUUACAAACAAAAUUAUUUUACAAAUUGUUAACUUUUGCUCUUCUGGGAUUUAUUUGCAACUUUUAAGAAACUAACAAGCCCCAAUCGCACAAAAGACACCAUGAGUGUUAGUAGUAGCUUUGUCUUUGACAUUGUCGUCACAAAAUUAAAUGUGGCCAACAUGGCUAUUAAUGAUGGCAGUAAAUUGAAAGUGUUGGCAAAAAUUUAUAAUAAAGAUAUAUGCCUAACAUCCAGUUGCAUCAAUGUAAAUGAUUUUCAAGCUGGUACAGCCACAGAAUUUAAAGCGUCGGCAAAAAAGGUACGCGAUGCCCUCAUAAGGUGUGGCCUGCCCAUGCUCAUAUAUAACGAAGCUGAUUGUGUGGGAAGAGCUCAGAUAUACUUUCCAGAGAGGUACAUCGAAAGUAUUCAGAGGGGUAUGUCUGACCUCAUCCACACAGAGUCCGUUGACAUCGUGAAUCACAAUCGAGUUGUGGGUACGCUUGAUAUUCGCUGCCGUCUCAUUAUUAAAUGCGAUGAUGAGCCGCUAGACAAUAACAUUAACAUGCAGGAUAUCAUGUUCCUUGUCAGCAAUUCGCAGCACUGUCCCAAUAAUUGCGAGCCUUGUGUAGAGAAAUGGGAAUCGAGUGAUUUCGACAAAUGCCUGGAUUUGGAUUUGCAUCGCUAUCAGGGCGUGAAUACUGAUGAAGAAAAGUACUCGAAUAUUUUUAUAAAUAACAAUAAUGUUAUUGACGCCCUCAAGCCACUUAAGAAAUUGGUAGAGGACUGCAAGAGCAUUAUUGAAUCUAUAAAUUUGAAAAGUUGUUGCGGUGAAUCAGGUUUUAAUUCAAGACACAAAAACUUUCCUGUUAUACCCGAAGCUCAUAGUAGUUCGGACUUAACCUCUGAGAAGCUCGUUGAUUUCUGUAGUCCAAAGCCGCCAGAUAUGAUCGUCAUUAAUGAAAAUAACCAGCAGAUAAAGCCCAUUCGUUUCUGUCCCCUCUGUCUGAAUAAUAUGUCCUGGCUACCGAAAUUCGCCGCAUGUCCCAAGUGCGGUGUCAAGCCCAUACCGGUCAACAGUGAGCCUGACGAAAUGAAGAAUCUGACGGCCGAUCAAAUAUUAAAGGAUUACCUGGGCAAGCCCCAGGCUGACAGACUAGAUAGGUCUGUUGAUCCCAAUGAACUGGCAAUUGAAGAGGAUGUAACCCAACAAGGCCAGUCAAGAUGUCGGUGCUCGUGCGAAAACAAACUGUGUGCUCAUUGCCGAAUACGUAAGCUGUGCUCCGAUAUCUUUAAAUCUUCUGAAGCGUGCAUUGAGCAAAAGCCGUCCGACCAUUGUAUUAAGUCUGAGGACUCUCGUCCACAUUUGGCUAAAGUAUUUUCCGAUCUACGCGAUCUCUAUAAUGUAAAGGACACCAAAGACCGUUCGUUGCUCAAUCAUCAAUGUAAAGAGAAAAAACACAACACAAAUUUAGACACCGUUCCUAAACAGGAAAAAAACGUAUAUGGAGAUAAUAAAAAACUUAGCAGCUCAAACAUUAGUCACAAGGACAGUAGGAAUCAGUAUGCAGCAAAGGGACGACGGACAACUCAGAAGGCCUGCGCGAGACAGCAGGCUCUAGUCCCGCGUCGUCACGGCUGGGAUUGGCCCUCUACCCAAGAGGCCCGCAGAUAUGGUUGGAAGCCAGGUGCAAUCCUGAGGCCCAUCAAAAAACUCAUGGACUAUUUCUUGUAUUAUCUGCCCGCUGAAAAAGCCGAUAAUAUGCGCAAGGAGAAAUGGCAUGCCAGAGAGGAAAUGAAGCAUCUCCCUCCGAUUCUACAGGUGUGUAAGAAAGCAGGCGAAACGUAUGUUACACUCCGAGCAAUGAAUGGCGGUAAAUUAGAGAAGAGCUCUAUUGUGUUUAAGAUAGUUAAGAGCGAUUUUGCUGUGACUUUAAACGACAUCAAAAAGAGGCUCAAGGCCCAGGGCUUUCGCAAGUGCACCUGCCACAAGUCGUUGAUGAUGUGCGUCUGUCGCAGCAACGUUGAAAAAAAGCAACUAGAGGUGGCUCUACAGGAUGAGUGCGAGCGUCGAGGCCUUGAAAGCUGUGUGAACGAUCUGGUGCUCACAGACACCAGCGACAGUGAAGCAGACUUCGAUAUUAACGUGUCUCCGCCAUCCAGAGCGCCGCAAACGCCGGCGAUGCUGAAGCGACGGACCGUUGAGCAUGCUACCCAAAUAACUAAUAUUAAUCGAAAGAUUCCCCCUAGAUAUCCAAUCAAGCAAAGUAAGUACUGGCGUGCCCACGACUGUGUUGCCGGUGGUCGGUACACGGGCACAGUCUUCGGCGCACCAGGACAGACGGUGUUUGAGGACGGUUUCUUUGGGCACAUGGGUGGCGGUCCGCACGGUGUUAAUCCAUGGAGGAAUCGCUUUGGCGCGCGCACAGUUCUUAAAAGUAGACGUUCUGUACGAGAUUCUGACAAUGUAUUAAGCCAAAAGAACCGUAUACCAUUUGCUGGGCUGAAAAAACGGGGUAACGAAGCAACGAGCCAAAAGCCAAUUCCUGUAAAGUUAACCAAGAACUUUAUGAAAAAAGUACCUCCAUCGGCUCCAGCUCCAGCGAAUAAACACAUAAAUAUGUUGGAGUAUUUGAAGGAUCAUGACGUAUUUACGAAAGUAAAAUCCAAGUCAAGCUCUACAGCUGGCCGAGAUGCUCAAGCCGCGGCACAACGUAUGCGACGCUCGCAGCUACAGGCUCCCCUGUGUCCCAUCGAAUUUGCGCCCCGACUCGGAAGGGGCUUCGACCCGUGUGCUGCACAAUGCUAUCAAAACUAUAACCAAUGUUAUCAGCAAUGGUGCUCCCCAUGGACUUACUAUGGUUGAGGCGAAAAGCUAUUUGUGUAAUGUACGAAAAUCUGUAAAAUAUCCAAGUAUGCCGCAAUGGAGUAGAAACAGAAGUAUUUCAUCAAUUCAAGA